GUGGAGCACAGGACCUCACCGUUGCUUUGGGAAACAGUCAAGGUUCUUCCUCCAAACUUUUUUUUUUUGGCCGCGACUGCUUGGGCGGUACUUCCUCUUUUCCUUCAGUCGCGCUCGUCCCCGCAGCCGCACGGCGAAAACCCUAGCGACCAAGCCACCGGAGCAGCGGCGCUUGGGCGGCGGGAGCCAUGGCGGACGACGAUUACAAUGAAAUCGACAUGGGGUACGAGGAUGAGCCCCCAGAGCCUGAGAUUGAGGAAGGGACUGAAGAAGAGCCUGAGAACAACAAUGAGGAUGCCCCUGAUGACAUUGUAGGUGCAGAGGGUGAAGAAAAGGAACAGGAAAAGACCCAGCGCCAACGCAAAACGUCAAAAUAUAUGACGAAGUAUGAGCGUGCACGCAUCCUGGGUACACGAGCUUUGCAGAUAAGUAUGAAUGCUCCAGUAAUGGUUGAGCUUGAGGGAGAAACUGAUCCUCUCGAGAUUGCCAUGAAAGAGCUGAGGGCACGCAAGAUCCCCUUCACAAUCAGGCGGUACUUACCUGAUGGAAGCUAUGAAGAUUGGGGGGUGGAUGAGCUCAUUGUGGAGGACUCCUGGAAACGCCAGGUUGGUGGGGACUAAAGCUGCUACGCUACUUGACUUGUAGGGCUUUGUGGCGCAACUAGACUGUUCUGUAGUUAUAAUGGUAUUGUGCUACUUCUUUAAGUCGAUGUUGCAGUGAAUGAACUGAGACGUAGUACUGACGUUAUGUUACCUUGGUGUGUGGCCUCCUUGAUGUUAUGUUACCUUGACGGACCUAGCUAAUGUCAUGGGUUUUCUCGUCGCA